CUGUGCCUGGGUGGAACGGGUUGGGUUGGGGUGUCUGGCUCUCUCUCUGCAUUCAGUCGCUCACAACCCUCCCACCCGGUCCCGUUGAGGUCUGUGUAGCUCCACCUCCGAGGAAGUGCCCUCUCCGGAGCAGUAGGCUACCACGGAUCUGCUGGCCGCCCCCUCCCAAGGAAACACUGGCCAGAGGAGAGGCUCCGCCGCAUCGGCUCUACUUCUUCUCGGUGUUUAUUCGUCUGGUUUGGGUGAACUGCUGCCGCCAUGGCCGACGAAGGCAUGGAUGAACGGUCCCCGCUGCUCUCAGCACCGAACUCUGGGAAUGUCACACCGUCGGGACCGCCUUCGUACCUGCAGGACACGAGCCCGAGAGCUGAACUCCCUCCCCCCUACACAGCCAUCGCCAGUCCCGACCCAGGGGGGGUACCCGUCAUCAACUGCCGGGUGUGUCAGUCUCUCAUUAACCUGGAUGGCAAGCUUCAUCAGCACGUGGUGAAGUGUACUGUGUGCAACGAGGCCACGCCCAUCAAAAACCCACCGACUGGGAAGAAGUAUGUACGCUGUCCCUGUAACUGUCUCCUCAUCUGCAAAGACUCAUCUAGGAGGAUAGGAUGCCCCAGACCCAACUGCAGACGCAUCAUCAACCUGAGCCCGGUGAUGGUGAUUCCAGAGGAGCAGCCGGCCCAGCCGGCCCUGCCAGUCCAGCCUGAGGGCACGAGGGUGGUCUGUGGCCACUGUGGAAACGCCUUCCUUUGGAUGGAGCUCCGAUUUAACACACUAGCAAAAUGCCCUCACUGCAAAAAAAUAUCGUCUGUGGGUAGCGCUCUUCCAAGGAGGCGUUGUUGUGCCUACAUCACUGUGGGACUGAUCUGCAUCUUUAUCGGAGUGGGAUUAACAGUGGGCACUCAGGACUUUGCCAGUCGUUACCAUGCCACCUAUGUGUCCUGGGCGUUCUCCUACCUCCUGGGUCUGAUCUGUCUGAUACGAGCUUGUUACUGGGGAGCCAUCAAAGUCAGCUAUCCAGAGAACAGCUUUUCCUAGACAGACAGACCAUCAAAGUCAGCUAUCCAGAGAACAGCUUUUCCUAGACAGACAGACGGUUGUACUGUAAAUCUUCCUUUAAGUUGUUCACGUUGUUGUUGUUUCGAUUCUGACAGCUCCAAGGUCAGUCCGGUCACUCCUGGUCCUGGAGAAAACAGAAAUCCAGCCCGGGUUUUGCAAUUAACUCAAGAAAUCAGAUCAGUAAUUAAGAUAUUAAUUGGUUCGAUAAAUCAUAAAGUGUGAUUUAAGUAAUUGAUAUUGAAAUGAAGAAACUUGACUUUGGUAAAUAUGAUGAUUACAAAGAAAGCCAGGUGGCUGGAUUCCAUUUCCUGGACUGGCUGACUGACUGGCUGACUGACUGACUGGUUGACUGACUGACUGACUGAGUGACUGGUUGACUGACUGACUGGUUGACUGACUGACUGACUGACUGGUUGACUGACUGACUGGCUGGCUG